UGUAGUUUUUCCCGCAGUUUGGCGUCCACCGAUUGAUAAAAAAUUUUAACAUCGUUUUCUAUGUAUUUAGAUCAAAAGGACAUUAAUUUAUCCUUAUGAUUUAAUUCUGUGUGAAAUAUUAAUGAGUUGGACAUGUCGUUGAUGUGAUUGUAAAGUUGUUGAACAACGGUUGUUGUAAUUUUGUAAACAUCGGGAACACAGGCCCACGUCUAUGAGUUCUUAUUGGCAGCAUGGCGGAAAUAGUGUACCCGCAAGGCUGCCGCCCCAUCACCGAUGACCUAGGACCCGAUGAACUGGUUCGAAGGCUAAAGGCAUUGGCUCACACUCUGCAAGGUUUAGGUCAAGAUGAGGGCAUGUACCAGCAGUACAUACCGCUGGCAAUACACCUGGCGGAUGAGUUCUUCCUUACGCACCCCUCGCGUGACGUCCAGCUGCUGAUAGCCUGCUGUAUUGCAGAUGUGCUUCGAGUGUAUGCUCCAGAAGCACCGUAUAAAGAUCAAGAACAGGUGAAAACAAUAUUCCUGUUCCUGAUAAACCAGCUGCAAGGACUAAGGGAUCCAAAGGACCCCGCGUUCAAGCGCUACUUCUAUUUACUAGAAAACCUCGCAUAUGUCAAAUCUUUCAACAUGUGCUUUGAACUUGAAGAUUGUCAGGAAAUCUUCUGCGCACUCUUCUCUCUCAUGUUCAAGAUUGUCAAUACGGAACAUUCAACGAAAGUGAAAUCCUUCAUGUUGGAUGUGCUCUGCCCUCUCAUUACGGAGUCAGAUGUGGUCUCCAAUGAACUGCUCAAUGUGAUCUUGAUGAACCUCGUCGAGCCCAAUAAGAGAGAGCACAAGCACGCGUACUCUCUGGCCAAGGAUCUCAUCGUCAAGACCAGUGAGACCCUCGAACCUUUUAUACAGACGUUCUUUAAUCAUGUCCUAAUACUGGGGAAGGAAGACAAAAAUUUACUUAUGUUUUCAAAAGUAUUUGAGCUAAUAUAUGAACUGUACCAGUGUUGCCCUUCUCUACUGCUCUCAGUGUUGCCACAAUUGGAGUGCAAACUCAAAUCCGCUCAGUUCCAAGAGAGGCUCAGUGCGGUCGCAUUACUCGCUCGUAUGUUCUCUGAACCGGGAUCAGAACUCGCGAAACAAUAUCCCGCAUUAUGGCGGGCAUUUUUAGGCCGUUUUAACGAUAUAGCAGUUCCUGUAAGAAUCAAAUGCGUUCAAUACUGUAUGCAUUUCUUAGUACAUCAUCCGGAUUUAAGAAAAGAUAUAACUGAUACCUUAAAAAUGAGACAACAUGACGCACAUGAACAAGUUCGUUACGAAGUAGUUAUGGCGAUAAUCGCGACAGCGCAAAAAGAUUUCCAAGCGGUCGCUGAAUCUGAGGAUCUUUUACAUUUCGUUAGAGAACGUACGUUGGAUAAGAAAUUCAAGAUAAGAAAGGAAGCUAUGUCCGGAUUGGCUAUGAUUUAUAAGAAAUUCCUAACAGAGAGCAGUGUACCUCCCGCUACAGAGAAAGCAGUUCAAUGGAUAAAAGAUAAAAUACUUCACGGUUAUUAUAUGACUGCUUUAGAAGAUAGAUUGUUGGUUGAAAGAUUACUGAAUACAUCUCUAGUACCUUAUACAUUGCCACCUCCGGUACGGAUGAAAAAAUUAUACUAUCUUAUGUCUAAUGUGGAUGAUAAUGCAACGAAAGCGUUCAUUGAAUUACAAAAGCAUCAGUUAGCUGUUCGUAGAACUGUUGCUGAAUGGGUAGAUUUGCAUAGGAAACCGCCAACUCCUACCAUUCAGAAGGAAAUGAUAGCUAAAGUACUCCACAUCAGUACUAAAUUCCUACCGGAAUCGGUGAAAGCUCAAGAAUUUCUAAACAAAUUCUCUCAACAUAUGAAGAAGGCUCCGGAAUUACUUCAGGGUAUGGAGACAAUAUUGAAUCCUAAUGUCAGCUGUGAAGUUUGUGUCAAGACUACGUCAAGUGUGCUAAAGAAGCUAGGUCAGCCGGUGAUGACCAACUUGUACUACAACACGGUGAAGAUGUUGUUGGAACGCGUCAGCUCGGUGAUGAUUGACCACGACUCUCUCCUCAUACUGGUUGAGUACGUGGAGGGAGCAGUUAAAGGCACUGAUACAUCUAUCGCAGAGGAAUGUGGUAUAGAACUGAAGAAAGCAGCAGAGCGUGGUCUGAAGCUACUAGUGAUGUUGUCAUUCGUGUUCCCCGCACACUUCCUGCACGAGGACAUCCUGGGCCGCCUCACCUCCAUGCUGGAGAUGGAUGACGAGAUUGUCGCCCCACACAUACUGGCCGCACUCACCUUCCUAGGGAAAUACAGACCUUUGAUUGAGGCGUGUCCCUCAUUGUUCCCAAAACUGAUAGAUCUGUGCAAAGCUUACGCUGAAGUUGGAACACCCAAACAAGCCAAGAAUGCUGUCAGAUGUCUGUACGUGAAUGUGCCGGAGCAGCGCGGUCAGAUCUUCACAGAGAUGCUGGAGACGCUGCGAGGCACACUCAGCCCGCACUCGGAGCACUACCGCACCGCCAUCGUGACUCUGGGACACCUCGCACACAAUCUGCCUGACGCCUUCCCGGUACACAUCAAGAAUAUCGUCUCCAGGAAGAUAGUGAAGGAGCUGCUGGUGCGCGAGGGUGGCGGUGGUGCGAGCGCUCCUCAGGGUGAGUGGUGCGAGGAGGAGGAGCUGCCGGAGGAGACGCGCUGCAAGCUGGAGGGGCUCAAGUGCAUGGCGCGCUGGCUGCUGGGCCUCAAGCGGGAUGAGCUCUCCGCACAGAAGACCUUCCGGAUGCUCAACGCCUUCAUCGUACACAAGGGUGAUCUGCUGCAGCAAAAUCAAUUAUCAAAAGCGGAGAUGGCUCACUUGCGGCUGGCGGCUGGCGCGGCCAUGUUGAAGAUCUGCGAGCAGAAAGGUGUCGGUGAUCAGUACACCGCGGAGCAGUUCUACAAUCUCUCACAUCUUAUGAUUGAUGAAGUGCCACAAGUUCGAGAAUUAUUCGCGGCGAAGCUUCACAAAGGACUUUCAAAGGGUAUUCCCAACAAAUGUCUGCCGCUGGACUUCAUGGGUAUGUACGCGCUGGCGGGGCGCGAGCCGGAGCGCCGCGUGCGCAGCCUCGUGCGUCAGUACAUGCUGGCAGACGUCGUGCGACGCCGCGACUAUGUGCGCAAUAUCACUGUUGGCACUAAAUUGGAGCGAGCUGUGAGCCAACUGCCACACAUUCUGCCGGACUACAUGCUUGUGUUCGCGGUGCCGGUGUUGGCACAUGACCCCAACUUCACCGCAUACGACAAUAUCGCACAGCUCAAGGUGAUAAAGCAGUGCCUGUGGUUCAUCCUGGAGCCGCUGAUAACUCGCAAUGACUUCUACUGCUAUGGUUUCUACAAGAACCUUGUAGAACGUAUGAAGAACCACAAGGACGCCAUACACGAGAACGAUGACUCCUUCAACUUUAAACUGUGGGCGGUGUGCGACCUGGCGAUGUCGGUGAUCUGGUCUCGCUCCACAAACUAUGAGAUGCGUGAAUUUCCUACCGACGCUCGUAUACCCACUAUGUACUUCAGCCCGCAGCCGGACUUCUUUGUUAAUACGCGUGUAUUCCUGCCUCCAGAACUACAGUUCCAGGCUAAGAAGGUGGUGCAGCAGGUGGACCGCGCUCCCAAGAAGCGCAACCGAGGUGUACCUGACCGAGAGAACACCAACGAUGUCGAGCCAUCAGAGGCAUCGGACACUCAGAUAAUGCUGCCGGGGCUGGAGCACCCUCCGGAGACCGAUCUUGACGAGCCGCAGCCAAAGCGCGCUCUCAGCGACUGAGCGCCCUCCAUCAUAUAAACAGUGUGAUACGCAACGUGACAUAGUGUAACGUGGUGUGAUGUGAUGCAGUAGGACUCGGUGUGAUAUCGUGUGACUCGGUGUGACGUCGUAUGACGCAGUGUGACUCGAUGUGAUGCAGUGUAACGGCAUAUAACGCAGUGUGAUACGGUUUAACGUCGUGUGUACACAGUGAUCUCUCGGUGCACGUCUCCAGGUAGAGUAUGUGUUAGUUGUUACAAUAUUACAGUGGUAAUUAGUCAUUUUGUUUUACAUUUUACACUUUUCAAUAUAGCAUAGUGCAGAUGACGU